GAACCAUUGGCCAACCUCACGCCACCUGCGCUAACAACAACUUCAUCGACAUUGUUGCCUUGCGUCUGUGGCCGUGCACGGAAGUUUAAAGCUGAGGAAGGCUUAUCCUGUAGACGCGACGGCUUCAUGAGUCGAUGAGCGUGAACGGGAGCUCCCGCUGGCGCCUCGUCAACGUACGUACCACAGAGCACCAACGAAAUCUUAGGCUUGAGCGGGCCUCGCACUCAGCGACCGUCGUCGGGAGCUCAAUUUACAUCGUUGGGGGCCGCAGAGGGUCCAACCAGUUCUUCUCUGACCUGCUCAAGUUCGACACCGCCUCGUACACAUGGACCGUGGUAUGCCCCGUCAUCCCCAACGGCUUCCGCGCGCGCGCCAACCACACGGCAACGCUGGUGGGCGGGCGGCAGCUAUGGGUGGUGAGCGGCAGCGACAAGGAGAACGUGCUGGAUGACGUGCACGUGUUGGACGUCGUCACCAUGGCAUGGAGCAAACCCCAAAUCAGGGGUGACGCCACCCUCCUCAAGCGCACCGCCCACUCCGCCGACCUGCACCCCACCGACCCCUCCUCCAUCCUCCUGUUCGGCGGGUACGGCCCCACCUCCGGCGCCACGGAACCCACCUUCCUCAACGACCUGGUCCUUCUGCGCACCGGCAGCCGCACAGUGGAGCGCCUGGUCACCAUCGUGGGGCCGCUGCCGGGCGUCGUGGGCGCGGCGGGAGCAGGCGCAGGCCUGGUGGGCGUGGCGCCGCCGCUGCCGCGCGCCUACCACAGCUGCACCUCGCUGGGCGGCAGGCUUUACGUGUACGGCGGGCGCACGGAUGCGGCAGUGCUGGAGGACCGCCAGCAGCUGGCCGUGUUCGACCCGGCGGCAGGCGCCUGGCUGGACCCGGGCCGGGUGGGCGGCGCCAUGCCGCUGGGCAGGUCCAGCCACCGGGCGGUGGCGCUGGGCAACAGGCUGUUGAUUCAUGGCGGGGCGGCGGCGGGCGACCAGGCGGACCGACUGGGCGACGUGCUGACCCUGUUGGUGGACCCCAAGACAGGUGCACUCACGUGGUCGCGUAUGGACGAGCCGCCGCCGCCGGCAACGGGCAGCGCCGCGGCGGCGAAGCCCCAUGGUCGCUCGGCUCACACCAUCAGCCUGGUGGGCAGCCACCACCUGUUCGUCAUUGCCGGAUACGUUGGCAGCGGCACCGGGCAAAGCAGGUACACGUCAGACGUCUACCUCCUGCAGCUGGGCACCCCGGCCGCCGAGCCCAUGCCAGCCCUGACGCUGCCGCGCGCGCAAGCAGCGCAAGCAGCGCAAGGCUCGACAGCGCCACAGCAGGCGGCCGCACGGAAGCGCACGCCCUCGCCACCAGGUCGCCAGACGGCACCAGCGCCGCAGCCGCCCCUCCAGCAGGCCCAAGCACAGGCCCAGGCCCAGGUGCAUGCACAGCCGGCCGCCAAGCCUCAGCCGCAGCCCAGUGUAGCCCACCAGGACGUGACCGCGCCCAUGCGCCGGGCGCCGCCGUCGCCGCCUCGCGCGGCAUCCGCCAUGGGCGACACGGGCCAGAGCGCCGGCAGCCGGCGCACGCCCCCACCACCCUCGCCCGACGGCGGCCGCAGCGCCAGUCCCCACGCACCCUCCGCGGUGUCGCGCCUCGGGACGUCGGCCGGCCCAGCUGCCAAGGCACUGCCAGCUGCGCAGCUGCCGGCAGCGGGCCGUGGCGGCAGGAACGCCGCAGGCGGCGCUACGGCAGCUGCUGCUGGUGGUAGUGGUGGGACAGGGGCGUAUGGCGCGGCCCAGGACUUGAUAGACCUGACAGCCGAGCAGGCGCUCGUGCCGUCGGCGGCCAAGUCCCCGGCGCGCACGCCGGUGAGACGCGGGAGCGGCGCCAAGGCAGAUGCCGCGGCCGGCCCGACAAUGGAGGGGCAGUGGCUAGGCGGGGGCCGCCGCGGCCGCAGCGCGCUGUCAGAUGCCGCGGCCGCACAGGGACAGGAGAAGGACGCAGAGGCUGCGGCUGGGGCACGACCAGCCAAGCGUCAGGCGACUGAGGAGGCGGUGGCAGCGGCUGGGACGGCCCAGGCAGCAGCCGCAGGCGGUGUCGCCCCCGCGGCAACAAGAGCCCAGCAGCAGCAGCAGCAGCAGCAGCAGCAGCAGCAAGCGGGAGCCCCCCUACAAAGGGCAUCCUCAGCUUCUGGCGCCGCCAUGGCUGCGCUGCAGCAGCCCGAGCAGUCGCUGCCGCACCCGCUCCAGCAGGGGCAGCCGCAUCAGCACCUACAUCCUCUGGGGCAUGGCCUGCGCCAUGGCUCCGCGCCGCCCAUGGUGCGAGGUGGUGUUGGGGCGGCAGUGGGCGCGGCUACGCACGUGACGGCUGCGGCAUCCGCCCGCGUACCACAGCAGCAGCCGGGCAGCUUGACUGCCGGUGCGCCCGCGGUCGGGCUGACCUGGCAAACCCAGACGGAGCUGCGCGGCUUACCGCCAGGCUCCGGACCUGACACCGCCACCAUAGCGGCAGCAGCAACGGCAGCGGCGACGGCGGCGGUGGCUGCAACCACGGCGGCGGCGGCGGCUGGGGGCCAGCAGCCGCAGGGGCCGGCGGGUGGCUCGGCGCCAGCAGCGUACCUGCACCGGCCGCCCUCGCCCCCGCACCAGCACCAGCACCAGCACCAGCCGCAGGUGCAGGUGCAGGCCUACCCGCCGCCACAGACGGCCGCGCAGCUGGGCUCCAACUCGCAGAACGACUUGCUCAAUGGGUUGCUGCAGCAGUUGCAACGGGCGCAAGACGAGAACGCCGAAUUGCGGCGGCAGGUGCAGGACAGCGCUGCGCUGGCUGCUGACCUGGCGCUGGCACGGCGGAAUGCGGAUGCGGCAACAGCGGAGAGGCGAGCCAAGGAGCAAGAGCUUGCGCAUGCGCAGGCCAAUCUGGACGCUGAGCGGACACAGGCGGCGGCAAUGCGACAGCAACUGGCGGCGGCGCAGCAGGCGGCAGCGGCGGCGGCGGCCCAGCUGGCGGACCGGGAGCGGACGCUGCGCGACGCGGAGGCCGCGCGGCAGAGCGAGGACCGAGCCCGGCAGGAGGAGCGGCGCAUACAGGAGGACCGCUGCAGGGGUCUGGAGGCUCAGCACCAGCGCGCCGCGGCCGAGGUGGCCAGCUUGCGCAGUGCGGUGCGGGAGGAGCAGCUGCGGCGGGGGGAGGAGCUGAAGGAGCGCGACCGCGAGCUGGCAGAGCUGCGGACACAGCUGCGCACCGCCGCCAGCCGCAACCAGGAUCAGGAGGGCGCGCUGCGCCGCGUGCAAGACGAGCGGCAGCGCAGCGAGCGGGAGCUGGCGGAGGCGAGGGACGCAAACCAGCAGCUGCAGAGGCAGCUCAACGACACGAGCACGGAGUUCACGCGCUUCCGCGAGAAAGCGCAAGCGGAGCUGGCGCAGGCCAGCGCCAGGCUUGCCAACGUGGAGGCCGAGCUGCGGCGCGCCCGUGACGACCUGGCGCACAAGGAGGCGCAGUACGCGGCGGUGGGCAAGGCGCACGCCGAGGCGGCGGAGGAGGCCAAGGGCCUGCGGGAGCAGCUGCGCCUGAUGACGGCGCGCCUGGACGCCGCCCGGCAGCAGGCCGCGCUGCUAACCACCCACCAGGCCACCAUUGUGAGUGCACUGCAGGCGGCGCAGGGCGCAUCGGGGGCCCUGGACAAGGCGCUCAGCGGCGCGCCGCCCCCGCUUGGGUAACGCUGGAUGCGGAUGCAGGGGUCGGCGUUGCGUGGCGGGUAAAGGCCGGACAGGGCAGGUUGCCGCAGGAUAACGACGAUGGACUAAGAAUGCGUCGUUGAGGCUUUGGACGCUAGAAAGCAGGAUGUUCGGUUUUUGGUGCAAAGUACGUGUUUCCCAAUGAAAGAGGUUCAGGUGAUGACGGUACUGCGCAGGUCACUGCAUAUGGGUUUGUGGGAAGUUUAAACGCUGCGACUUUGGAAGGGUCUUAAUGCCAGUAUAAAUACUGCGGUUGCAACUGCUGCUGUGUGUGUGCAUCAACGGGGAUCUGCGUGUGUGUAGCAAAGCUGGGAGAAUGCUGUGGACUGUAGCGUUAGUGGCGCUAUACGUUACACGUCAGAUGGUCCCAAACCCUCACUGUCAAGGGUUCGUAUGGGAACAGCCACACGUUGUACGAGAGUAUCUCAAUGCCUCGUGUUUCUUCGAAGCAGAAACGUGGUCACAGUCUCAUAGACGCUUUGUGAAUGUCUAGAUCGCAGCCUCGUUCGCCACUGCACACACCUCUCGGGUCACCCCCUG